UGCUAUGGUGACGUCAACACAUGCUCCGUAGUCGUAAUAACGGCAAGGCGGAUUUAUGCUGCCUGAACACUGUGUCAUUGCACAAGGAAUUGUCCCUGCGUUUCAACAUAGUCGGAUAUUUCGUCGCUUCAAAAAUCUUCUCAAAUUUCAAAUUCAACGCCUAAAGAAUCAAAAGCCUCGGAAAUCACCAGGUCAGCGGAGAAACAUUUUUCCAAGAACGAAUGUUCAGUUGGUGUUCAUUGCAUCUAGUAUUUUGGAGAUUGCGGGUACAUUGACCAUCAUUAUGGAAGGUUUAGACGAGGCUCAGAAAGCGUCCAUGCUGAACGAGAUCGAAGUGAAGCUGGGCAAGAUCUCGGACAACCUUCAACAACAUGAACACAUCGCCAUGCUCCCAAAUCUCGACCGCAAGGUGGCGCUGCUGAACGCUGAACAGAAGGAGUUCCUCCACAUGCUGUCUGCAUUCCCAAUGAACCUGGAAACCCAGGCGACUGUCGUAGCUUUAAGGCAGAAAAUGGACGAUAUUAUAACCACAAGCCGAGAGAGUGGGAGUAUUCAAGGGGAGUUAACCCUCGUCAGCCAGAUGAAAGAGUUGCUGGCCUUGCUCCAGAUGAUAACUGUCAAUCUGUCGGAAGCGUACAUGAAUAGCAGUGAACGCCUCCCCCUUCUUGCCGAGGGCGAUGACGCACUGUGGCGACGUCUCGUGGCGAUACCAGACGACCCCAGCAAUGAGGAGAUGUCUCUGCAGCAGAUUCACGACGAGUUGAUGGUGGGAGUCACAGGAUCAAGAAGCGGCCUCAUUACGUCCAGCGAAGCUAGUGAAGAUAUUAACACAGAAGAUGGGAAAAUCGGACGGAAUCGAUCUCGAAACCGCCAGAAGAGAAAGGGCAGGAGGAAUGUGUCAAGUGUCGACAUCCCAGCAGCGGCCCCCGCUGACUGGGGUUCUGACCAUGACUCCACCCAGCCACUCGACCUGUCUGUAGCCAAUGACAGGAGCAGGUCUUGUGAGGAGGACUCGGAGUUGACGCCAGUUCCUCAUCAUCAGUUCCCCAAGAGGCCUCGAUCUGACUCGCCCAUGCCACGCGGAGGAUCCUUCGGGUCAGGACUGGACCAUGGCUACUCGUACGCAGUUGCCUACACGCCUACAAAAGACGCAAGUUCUACGUCUGCGACAUGUUCAGCGUGUGAUGUACCCAAGAUGGGAGAUAUGAUGACAAGCGACGUGAAGCUCCAGAGCUGUGUGAGUGAAAAUGGCACGGAGCAUUCCGAAGCGCUCUCGUCAAUGAGGAGCCAUGCUGGUAUUGGCUUACCCGUUGGAAGCCACAUCCGAGUCACCUCAUCAACUGACACCGAAGGCUGUGUGCAUCAGUCCUUCCAAACCGAGGAGUCAGAGCUUGGCACUGAUAUCUCCCCAGUCCAAUGUUUGUUCCCGGCAUAUGCCAAGCCUUGCGUAAACUCUAACGUGGACCCUGGGGUUAAUGCGUCGCAAGAAGUUGACUCGGCAAUAGUUCCUGACAUCAGCCAGUCGAUUAUCAGCAAUAUUUCAGUUCAAACGAGUCAAUACACCUCUCCCGCAGACAGCUUUGAAUACGCUUCUCCCGACUCCGUGAACGACCGCAGCCUCUCGAAUGUUUUUGAGGGCAUCCACAUCACACCAUCUGACAAGUCCGUGCACAGCUUCACCUCCACCUUCUCCGACAGCUACUCCCACCUCGACAGAGACACCAGACGGGUUUAUAAAGGCGUGUACAGAGGCAUCGGCCUGGGGCGCAAUGUCCAGAACACCUCCGACCGGAUAGUGACCGGGGACCUCGAUGAACAAUCUUUCCUGACCAGGUCGUUCAUGCUGGAUGACAUACCAAACCCGCAACCAGAGCGAUCUUUCAUGAGCUUUGCCUCCUCUGAAGACACAAGCAGAUGUUUUGAAGAUCUUGAAAGAGUGUGUGCAGAAGAUAUGUUGUGUGAAGACACUAAACGAUCUGAAUCUCUAGGAGGUGGUGUCGAACCUGUUGGAAUUCUUGGAUUUUCUGACAAGCAGGUGCCGCCAGUGAAAGGACGUGGACCCUUGACAGAUUCAAAGACUGGGGUUGUCGAAUUGGAUGUUAUUGCAGCGCCCGAGCUAUCCGUGACGAAUAUCUUGAUCCUGUUAUUCGUGUUACUUUUGGCGGUAGGGGUCUGCAUUUACUUGAAAGGAACCGGGCUGACUGCACUGCUCAAGUAUUACUCGUGGUGGGAGAUCCUCUACAAGAAUAUUGAUGUGACUAAAAUUGGCGAGACCUUAUUCUGAAGGAGGAUAGUCACAAAAUGUACCCGAUCGUUGUACCAUGAACUGCAUAAUCACGUAUCUGAACAAAUGGGCUUCGUCCAACGAUGCGAUCUUAGUAAUGCGCCUUUUGAAAUUCCAUGACAAGAGUGUAAACUGAGGAAGGUCUUUGCGCCAAGGGCCACGUGCCACAAAGCGAUCGUAGCAUGUUGAAGCAUAGGAGUUACGAUCAGCUCAGCGCUACGAUCGCUUUGUGGAAUGGGGCCCUGAUCGUUAUGGCAGCGGUGCUCGAUAUAGCUUCGUUUUAUAUCAGUAUCGUACGCAUUCAUUACUGCUUCAUGUAGAACCAAAAACACUCUAAUGGUGACCUUCCACAUAUUGCUUGGUGAAGAUUGAGACUUAAAUAAAAUGACUCAAUUCAUA